AUGGUGAUGGUCCGCAAACGAAAGAAAGGUUGGCGCAUGUAUGUAGACUACACGAACCUCAAUCGAGCCUGUCCCAAGGAUAGCUUCCCUCCACCUCGGAUUGACCAGCUUGUGGACGCCACAGCAGGCCACACUCUUCUUAGCUUCAUGGAUGCCUACUCUGGAUACAACCAGAUCUUCUUGCACCCUGAUGACCAGGCCCAUACAUCAUUCAUUACCAAUCGGGGCAUCUACUAUUACAAGGUGAUGCCCUUCGGCCUCAAAAACGCUGGCGCUACUUACCAAUGCCUCGUGAACAACCUCUUUGCCCCAUUAAUCGGUCAUACCAUGGAAGUCUACGUCGAUGACAUGCUAGUCAAAAGUCGCACAUCCGACCAGCACAUCCCUAACCUAUCUACUAUGUUCGCAGAAAUGAAGCGGUACAACAUGCAACUCAAUCCCAGGAAGGCUAUUGACUGCUGCGCCCCAUUUUUCAAGGCUUUUAAAGGCAAUAAGAGAAGUUGGCCUUUGCCCUCAUAG